AUGCCCCGUCACUAUCAAUGGGCCCGGGGUAGACGUUCAAGUUCACAUGCAACUCUUAGACGCAGAUUGUUCUUGCGCAAUGAUUCAGUCGGCACGGGGAAAGCGAAGCGCACAGUCCCAGGUUUUAUGCGCAUCUUCGGAGUUCAUCUAUGUUCUUUCAUGCUCAAAUCAGUUGGCCAACCACCAGGAUUCUAUGCAUAUGUGUUCCCGCAAAAUAUUUCAGCAAGUCUCUGCAUGUCCAAUCAACAUAUGUUCACAGAGCAAGACAACGAUGACCACGAACAUAUAAUUCACAAUCACUGUUACUUAAAGAACGUCUAUACAUGCCUCAGUGCACAUAAGAUCUUCACUUCUAUCCCAGCGUAA